AUGGAUGUUUCCCCGAUCAUCUACGGCACCUCCGCCUUUGCGCAGCUCUACAACCCGAUUAAGGCACACUGGCCCGCUGAGGCCUGCAAACGAGCCAUUGAUCUAGGGAUCAACACCUUCGACACCUCCCCGUAUUACGGCAACUCGGAACAAGUCCUUGGAAAGGCAUUGCUCUCCAUCUCGGCAACGCACCCUCGAUCAACUUACUAUCUGUCGACAAAAGUGGGACGGUAUGGGCUGAAGAAGAAGGAAUUUAAUUACUCAAAGGAGCGGGUGAGGGCGUCAGUCGAGGAGAGUAUGGAUCGGAUGCAUACGAAUUAUCUGGAUAUUGUGUAUGCGCACGAUGUCGAGUUUGUGUCUGUGGACGAGGCCGUUGAGGCUGUUGGGGAACUCUUUCGACUCAAGGCUGAAGGCAAAAUCAAGUAUGUUGGCAUCAGCGGAUACCCUCUGCCCUACUUGCUGGCUCUGAUUCCCGUGCUUCAUGAGCGUGUCGGCCAAACGCUCGAUAUCCUCAUGACCUACUGCCAUUACAACCUUCACAACACCCUCCUCCAAGACUACAUCGCCCAUUUCAGAGACCUCGGCAUUUCCACUAUCUGGAGCGCAUCCCCGGUAUCGAUGGGUCUGCUUCGCUCGAACAUCCCAGUUCCAGAAUGGCACCCUGCCCCAGCACCGCUGCUCUCAGCGGCUCAGGAUUGCAUCAAGAUUGUGGAGGAUCAGUCGCCGGGCAAGGAUCUGGCAGAGAUCGCGGUCAAGUUUGCGAUGAAGUGGAGGGGAUGUGAAGGACUAGUGGUGGGGAUGUCGAAUGCAGAGGAGGUGGAGAAGAAUGUGGCGUGGUGGAAGGAUGUUCAGGAGGAUGGGGCGAGAGAUGAGGUACAGGAGAGGUGUGAGGCCGCGCUGCGGCGACGACUACAGGCGUUUGAGAAGCUGGAAUGGGCUUCUCCUCCCAUUGAUGAUUGCUGA